ACUGACAGCAGAAAGUAUGUCAAGGUGUCAAAACCAAAAGAUAAAGUAUGUCAAUGGUAUUUCAAAUAGAGAAUCAGAAACUGCGCGUAACAAAAUUCAGUCUCACUUUUAGUCCCACCUAGAGUGCAGCAAGCCGCUGUCAACUUGGUGGGGAAGGGUAACGCGGAACUGGCACUUUCUGUUUUUAUCCUUCAAUCUCCUCUCCUCUCCAAUAAUUUGAUCUCUCGGCAGUGGCUUCGAUUUCCUGGUUGAACUUCGGCGAACUCGAGCAGCGUCUCAGCGAUCAACCACAUGCCUCUCUCAUCGCUCCGAUCCGUUUCCGUUCCCCUUUCAGAUAGAAAGUUACCGACUUUUCGAGCUUUCUCCAGUACAGCAAUGGCAGAUGCUGGAAUGGAUGAUGUUCAGAGACGUCUCAUGUUUGAGGAUGACUAUCUAGUUGCAGCCACUGGCUUGCAGAGCUUGUGGAGUCUUGCACUAGCCACAGUUGAUGUCUAUGCCAUUUUGGUCAAACGUUCCCUACAGAACCGUCGACUCGUUAGCUUGUUUGCAAUUGGUGAUGGGGUGACAUCGACGAUGACUUUUGCAGCGGCGUUUGCAACGGCAGGGAUAACGGUUCUGAUAGACAACGAUCUGAACAGCUGCUCGGCAAACCAUUGUGUUCAGUUUGAAACAUCAACAGCAUUAGCCUUGAUUAGCUGGUUUGCUGCUCUCCCUUCUUUUCUCUUCAACUUUUGGUCUCUCGCUUCAUCAUCCCGUUGAAAAUAAAAGAAAAGACAAAGACUGAACACGAGAUCUGUUUCCACCCGUGUACAUAUAGUGACCGUUUUUUUCUUCUUUCUUAUUUGGGUUUGUAUUUAACUUUCCUCAAAACUCAGUACCUGGAAACUCUUGUUCUUUUUGUUGUUGUAACACUGACAAAGAAACUUACUACGCAAA